AUCUACAGUUCCUGGCAUGGAGCUUCUAAAACCUAUGCAAUUUUUCUGAGUGAUUGAGGUGAGAAGAAAAUCUGUUAUUAUUCAUAAUAAGCCCCUUCCAGGUACAACUGCCUUUCCACUAAUUUCUGACUUUUGCUGGGCCCUGAGUGGCUUCAGGAUAAGGGUUCAUAGAUCAGAUGACCACUUUGCCAAUCUCUGUCAGCCUCUUUCCUGAGUCUCUGUAGGGCUCUUUCAUAAGCAAAGCAGCUGAGACAUGAAUUUUCCUCCCUGAAGCUUUGCCAGCUAUGUCACUGAUGCAUGCCUACCUCAUUGGCAGCAGUAGCUGCUGAGCCUCCAAUGUGGUGCAGUGUUCUAGGAAGGCCAGCCAAAUACCUGGUCACCUGAGGAUUUCACUGGACCUCUUUCACCAUGGAUUGGGCAAUGAGUUUUUCCUUCUUAGAGUAAAUAACUCUGGGCUUGUUAUUUGCUUUUCUUGCCCUUUGCACUUCUGCCAACAGCAGCCUCUGUGUAUGCACUGAAUGGGCCUAUUCACCACCACGUUCACCCAUACAAUAUUGCUUCUGAUCAAGGAACUCAGUUUACUAGGACGUGGUGUGGGGGGUGGUGUCCAUGUACCUCAACGUAGAACAGAGGCACAGCCUGUUUGAGACUGGGUUACAGUGACAGGUUGGAGACAACAUCUUUGGGGUCAGGGUGCUGUCCUACAGGAGGAGUAAACACUCAGACCUAGUGGCACACACACGAUGCCAGGUUACACAGCCCUGGGAACUCAAGAGUGCCAUUCCUCAAAACAACACCCAUUGAGUCAGAAUGUUUGCUUCCUGUUCCUGCCACCCUGAACUUUACCACCAAGGGUUCCAGUGCCUGAAGGGGGACUGCUUCCACUACAGGGCACAACAGCAGUAAGUUAUACUUCGGCGGACCCGCCCGCCUUGAGAUCCGCCCUCCGGCCCCUCCCUCCUCCAGCGUCGGGCGCCGAGGCCACUCCGGACCCCUUCCCACCCUUUCCUUAACUGCUCGCUCGGCCUCCACCCCGGGGCUUGGACUCAAAGCUGUCUCAGUGGUGAUCCGGUGUGUCACCCAGCGGCAACAGCUAGGGAACGCGUGGUUAGCUCUGCGUCUCGGAGCGUCCGCUUCCGCCACUAGGCCCCGCCCAGCAGCAGCCUCCGGGAAGGCCGCACCCGGGACGACUGCAGACCGCGGAACCCAAAAGACAGAGACCCUAGGCCUCAAACCGCAUUAAACUGAGGGGCCUGGUACCCCGAUCUGCUGCGACUCAGGUGCUCUUACCAGCCUUAUCCAGGUGUGGAACUUAGUCCGUGUCCACAGCCAGAUCUUUCUCCGUGGGUUCCUCCGCUAAGGCCGCUGCCAUGCCGGUGACAGUGACCCGCACAACCAUCACGACCACCACGUCGUCCUCCUCCGGCCUGGGGUCCCCAGCCAUCGUGGGGUCUCCUCGGGCCCUGGCACAUCCCUUGGGCCUCCUCCGCUUGCUGCAGCUGCUGUCCACCUGCAUAGCCUUCUCACUGGUGGCCAGCGUGGAUGCCUGGACAGGGCCCAUGGGUAACUGGUCCAUGUUCACCUGGUGCUUCUGCUUUGCCGUGACCCUGGUCAUCCUCAUCAUCGAGUUAUGUGGGCUCCAGGCCCGCUUCCCCCUGUCUUGGCGCAACUUCCCCAUCACCUUUGCCUGCUACGCAGCCCUCUUCUGCCUCUCAGCCUCCAUCAUCUACCCAACUACCUACGUCCAGUUCAUGUCUCACGGCCGAUCUCGGGACCACGCCAUUGCCGCCACCUUUUUCUCCUGCAUCGCUUGCGUGGCUUACGCCACUGAAGUGGCCUGGACCCGGGCACGGCCCGGUGAGAUCACUGGCUACAUGGCCACUGUGCCAGGGUUGCUCAAGGUGCUGGAGACCUUCGUGGCCUGCAUCAUCUUCGCGUUCAUCAGCAGCCCCUACCUGUACCAGCACAAACCUGCCCUGGAGUGGUGUGUGGCAGUGUACGCCAUCUGCUUCAUACUGGCAGCUGUUGCCAUCCUGUUGAACCUGGGGGACUGCACCAACAUGUUGCCCAUCCCCUUCCCUAGUUUCCUUUCAGGACUGGCCUUGUUGUCUGUCCUCUUCUAUGCCACUGCCCUUGUCCUCUGGCCCCUCUACCAGUUUGAUGAAAGGUAUGGUGGCUAUCCUCGGAGGUCAAGAGAUGUGGGUUGCAGUAACAGGCACUCCUACUACGUGUGUGACUGGGACCGCCGACUGGCUGUGGCUAUUUUGACAGCCAUCAACCUGUUGGCAUAUGUGGCUGACUUGGUGUACUCUGCCCGCCUGGUUUUUGUCAAAGUCUAAGGCUCUCCCAGGGCUCCCAUUUCUCUUUCCAAUAUCUUCAUCUUUCUCACGAAGGAGUUUACUUUCCCCCCUUCUCCUUUCCUUCCUGGUUCAUCACACACUCUCCCCUUUCUUUGAUUCCUUUUCACCCCUUUCUUCUUGUUCUGUUUCCUUGCCUUCCUGUUUUUGUUUUGUUGUCCACAUCCUGUUUUGCCUGUGCUCUCUUCUCCACUCUCUUCUUUUUACCUUUUCUUCCUCCUAUCUCUUUUCUGGGUUUCCUGCUGUUUUUUCCAUCACCUCUUCCCAUUUCCUUGGGAGCCCUGAGACUUCUUUCUUCUCUGCCCUCCACUCACCUCCAAAGGUGCUGAGCUCCACACAUCCCACACCUUUCUUUGCAGCUGUCUGUGUCACAGGCCUCCCAAGGGGCCUAAUUGCCAAAGCAUGCCUGCCUGCCCUAGCUGUGCCUUAGUCAGUGUGUGUAUGUGUGUGUUUGGGGAGUUGGGGAGGUGGGUAGUUCGGAAUUGGGCCCUCUUUCUCCCAGUGGAGGAGGGUAUACAGUAGACCUCCCCUUUAGGUUAAAAAAUCUUUGGGGGUCAUUAAUUUUCAGUGGGCAGGAGGCUACAUGCACAGAUCCUGGGACCUUAGGCCCCACCUGGCAGUGCUCAGCCUUGCCUGAGAUCAGUUCUAGAAGUUUUGCCAGCCUUACUAAAAACCCACUGCCUCUAGGCCAUCAUAAAUGAAGCAAGAGACUGGUACCCUUCAUCCCAGCUAUUUUCUGUUGUAUCAGAAAAAGGAGUGAGGCAAAGAAUAGCUGUUUAAAGUAUUUGUUAGGGCAGUAAUGUGGCCCGCUAGCCUCAGUGUUAAAAAUAACAUGUCCUGCUUUGGCAGGGAGAAGAAAAUGGCCAUGGCCGACUUCAAGGCAGUAUCAGCUUGGGUUUAUUUCUUUUCUUUUUCUAGUCAUGAAAGCAAAAAUUACUGGGUGGCCUCAUGGUUAAAGAGAGAAAUUUCUUUUCAGUUUUUCUUUUUGGGGGGGUGGGGAAGGAUGGGGAUUAGUGCUGCCAUAGCCAGAGGAAUGGCCUCACAUGAGUGUGGUGCGCACACACGGGUAUCUAUGUGUUAGUUGCUUCUUGCUGCUGCUUCUUGCUUCUUUGAAACUCACGUGCGCAGCAUGAUAUAUAUAAAUGUAUAAAUAUAUAUUUUAUUUUUUUUAAUUCCCUGGAGCUUUUGGUUUCCAUCAGUUUCUGUUCAUAGAUGCCUUGUCCCUUCCCCCAUUCCCACAUUCAUAAUGUUUUUUAAAAAUCUCAAUAUAAAGACUUAAAAAGGGA